ACUCUGCUUCCCCUUCCUGUCCCUGCAGGUGAAGUGGAAAGGGAAGGACUUGUUUGACUUAGUGUGCAGGACGCUGGGGCUCCGAGAAACCUGGUUCUUCGGGCUGCAGUACACCAUCAAGGACACGGUGGCUUGGCUCAAAAUGGACAAGAAGGUUCUGGAUCACGAUGUGCCAACAGAGGAGCCUGUCACCUUCCACUUCCUCGCCAAGUUUUAUCCCGAGAAUGCGGAGGAGGAGCUGGUCCAGGAAAUCACACAGCACUUGUUCUUCCUGCAGGUGAAGAAGCAGAUUUUGGACGAGAAGAUCUACUGUCCUCCCGAAGCUUCUGUCCUGCUGGCCUCGUACGCCGUCCAAGCCAAGUACGGUGACUACGAUCCCAACGUUCACAAGCGAGGCUUCCUGGCGCAGGAGGAGUUGCUUCCAAAGCGGGUAAUAAACCUCUACCAGAUGACCCCGGAGAUGUGGGAGGAGAGGAUAACAGCCUGGUAUGCGGAGCACCGAGGCAGAGCAAGAGACGAAGCAGAAAUGGAGUAUUUGAAGAUAGCUCAGGACUUGGAGAUGUAUGGAGUGAACUAUUUUGCAAUUAGGAACAAAAAGGGCACUGAACUGCUCCUUGGAGUUGACGCCUUGGGUCUUCACAUUUAUGACCCAGACAACCGGUUGACCCCCAAAAUCUCCUUCCCAUGGAACGAGAUCCGGAACAUCUCCUACAGCGAUAAGGAGUUUACGAUUAAGCCAUUGGACAAGAAGAUUGAUGUUUUCAAAUUCAAUUCAUCAAAGCUGCGUGUGAAUAAGCUGAUCCUUCAGCUGUGUAUCGGGAACCACGAUCUCUUCAUGAGGAGGAGAAAGGCGGACUCGUUGGAGGUCCAGCAGAUGAAAGCGCAGGCGAGGGAGGAGAAAGCCAGGAAGCAGAUGGAGCGGCAGCGCCUGGCCCGAGAGAAGCAGAUGAGGGAAGAGGCUGAGAGGACGAGGGAUGAGCUGGAGAGAAGGCUGAUGCAGUUAAAGGAGGAGGCGACAAUGGCCAACGAGGCUCUGAUGAGGUCUGAAGAGACAGCAGACUUGCUGGCUGAGAAGGCUCAGAUCACAGAGGAGGAGGCCAAGCUCCUGGCUCAGAAAGCGGCAGAGGCUGAGCAAGAGAUGCAGCGGAUCAAAGCCACGGCCAUCCGGACGGAGGAGGAGAAGCGGCUGAUGGAACAGAAGGUGCUAGAGGCAGAGAUGUUGGCACUGAAAAUGGCGGAGGAGUCGGAGAGGAGGGCAAAGGAGGCUGAUCAGCUAAAGCAAGACCUUCAGGAGGCUCGAGAGUCUGAGCGGAGAGCAAAGCAGAAGCUGUUGGAGAUCACCAGCAAGUCGUCCUACACGCAGUCCAUGAACUCCAGCACGACGGCGCUGCCCACGGACCUGCCGAGCUUCAACCUCAUCAGCGAGAGCCUGUCCUUCGACUUCAAGGAUACGGACAUGAAGAGGCUUUCCAUGGAGAUCGAGAAAGAGAAGGUAGAGUACAUGGAGAAAAGCAAGCACCUGCAGGAGCAGCUGAACGAGCUGAAGACCGAAAUCGAGGCGCUGAAACUGAAGGAGAGAGAGACGGCCCUGGAUAUAUUGCACAACGAGAACGCCAGCCGAGGCAACAGCAAGCACAACACUAUCAAAAAGCCUCAAGCCCAGGGCAGAAGACCUAUCUGCAUUUGAGACUUCCAAGUAGGUUAUUCCGAGCUCACACUACAGAGCACCAAGUCCCGCGUGGCCUUCUUCGAGGAGCUCUAGGACGUGCCCGCACCGCUCUCCUCCGGCCCCAGCGCCCGCGCCGGGCAUCGCCGCGUCCCGCCACCCGCCCCGGACUGCGACGUUCUGCACCUCCCGUCUGCCGACCCUCCUCCUCCCUCCCUGCUUUUGUUUUUUUCCAGCCUCUCCUGCCUUUUUUUUUUCUUUUUGGUUUUGUU